GCUUCGCGGUGUUCCCUCACAGGAGACAGUUGCUGCAAUCCACAGAGCAUGGGCUACAUUAAGAAAAUAGUGGAGAAUAAAAUACCAGGGAUUUAUGUCCUGUCUCUCAAGAUUGGAAGCAAUCUGAUACAGGAUAUGGAGAACAGCUUCUUUAUGAAUGUGAAUGAUCAAGUGAGAGAAGUGUGCAGCCAGCUCGCAAAGGACCCUCGCCUGAAAGGAGGCUACAACGCAAUGGGCUUCUCCCAAGGAGGCCAGUUCCUGAGGGCAGUGGCCCAGAGGUGUCCUUCUCCUCCCAUGCUCAAUUUGAUCUCCGUUGGGGGACAGCACCAAGGGGUGUACGGGUUGCCACGCUGUCCUGGCGAGAGCUCCCAUAUCUGUGACUGGAUCCGGAAGACGCUGGAUCUGGGCGCCUACACACAAGCUGUUCAGGAGCACUUGGUACAAGCAGAGUAUUGGCACGACCCUCUGAAGGAGGAGGACUACAGGAAAAACAGCAUCUUUUUGGCUGACAUAAAUCAGGAGAGGGGCAUCAAUGAGACGUACAAGAAAAACCUGAUGGCUCUGAAAAAGUUUGUGAUGGUGAAAUUUCUCAAUGAUACCAUGGUUGAUCCUCCGAUCUCCGAGUGGUUUGGGUUUUACAAAAGCGGCCAAGCCAAGGAGACCAUCCCGCUGAAGGAGACCUCACUGUACAUAGAGGAUCGCUUGGGGCUGCAGGAGAUGGACAAAGCAGGAAAACUGGUGUUCCUGGGGGUGAAAGGGGACCACCUGCACUUCUCAGAAGAGUGGUUUUACACCACUAUCCUCCCCUUCCUCCAGUGAAGCCAAGGGGAGGCACCUUGGGAGAGAGUGCACUGGGGAGGGUCUACCACUGUAGUUAAUACAGCUGCUACUGUGCAACAGCACUUUCUGCGUGCAAACCUGCGGGGAGCUGGGGAAGGGGAAGAAGAAGGGGUGUAGCUCAGCACUUCCACGCUGCAGUAAGAGCCCGGGAUUCGUCUGGAUGUGAUUAUGCUGCAGUGUGGGUGGACUGGGUCUUGCGCUAACCCUGAAGCACUCCAUCCUGCACAGGCCCCGGUAAAUCUUCCUUCAGUUCUCAGAGCUGCAGCUCACUUGGCACUGGCAAAAUGAUUAUCUGCACGAGAGGGGCGUUUUCCCCAUCGCCUGUUCCUCACAGGUCACAACAGCAGUAUUAACCGAGAGCACUAGUGUAAGGAGGCUGUACCUCUUAGGGGGAGCAGCAAGUAGAUUUAUUGGGCUGUAUGCAGAGGGAAAACAGCGCAGCCUCUCCUUCAAAUGGGGAAAGGGCCAAAUUUAGGGGGUUUUGGGGGAAAAAGGAGGGUUUUGGAUUAAGCAGGUAUUAACAGCUUGAACAGUUUUCAACUAAUGGCUUGUUUUGUGCACUUUUGUACAGCAACUGAAAUCAAUAAAGACCCUUACAUCUAACCAGCUAAAAAGAGAGGUGAGAUUUGAUAACUACUGCCAGUUUGGUUUGAGGGGAGUUGAGGAAAAGUCCACACUUCCCCAGGGGGACAGUAUGCAAAGCAGUCAAGGCAGGGUCAGGCAGCAAGGAGCAUCCUCCCUGAGGUCCUGUGAGCCCCCAAAGAGCAAACAAGAGCCACUGUAAUGAGCAAGUUGGCAUUAACUUUAUUCUAUCUUCUGUAUAAUCUUAAGUACAUAAGAAAGGUUUUUUCACAAGCCUCAGGAGAAGACGAGUACAAGUCACAGGACAGUCUCAAAAUAAAAAAAUUGCAUAUUUUUUUUUUUGUAAGUUUUGUCCUAGAGUAAAAGAACAUUGACACUUUACAGAGGAAAUGCUUUUAAGAUAUGCUUAUGCCACCCGAGGCGUUGGAAAAAUGAAGGUCAAAGCACGUGCAGCUCCCUUUAUGGGUCAGUACAGUACUGUGUGACUUAGAUCCAUCACUCUGCUCCAGGGCCCUGGAACAGAGGCUACGAGCUUCCACCAAAGGAAAGAGCCAAGCAACAGGGGCAGGGGGCAGGCUGAGAGGAUUCACUUUAUGGGGACUGAUGGCAGGUGAGGAAGAGAGUGAUGAACCCACCUGAUCCAACUCGGGUAUUUGACAAUACUGCACUACUGACCCUGGAAUGAAGGAGACCCUUCCUCUGCAGAAGGGGACAGGUUCAGAAGAACCAUCCUGGAAGACUGAACCUGAGUUCAGCUGCUCUGAGAAGGAAGCCCUGGGGCAAAAAUUCCCUUUUGAGGGUGGAGGGCUCACGGAAUAAGAGGUGCUCAGCUCCAAGCUACCAGCCAGACUGCUGGGGAGGGGGGGGUAACCACUGUUAACUCCACUGCAGUCUUCCUGUGGCACUGGUUAAUAUAAAGCCUCCUGUCAUGGCACAAUCAGAAAUACACUGAGCUAGCAGGAAUGAUGAAAGAGAGAUGAGGGUGGAAUGCUAUGGCCCAGGACCUCAGCCUUUGGUCCAACAAAGCCAUUCCCAGGUCCUGUAAUGCCACCAGCCCCAUAGAGCUGGAAUUAGCAGCUUCCAGGACCUUCUUUGAGACAUCUGCCAUAGCAACUGGGUACUCUGGACCCCGACAGACCAUUAUUUUUUAAAAAGGGGACAACAUUCCUCUCACAUGAACAGUUUGCUUAAAAGGCAAUACAAAA